GUAUUACUAUGCGAUGAAUGUAAGGAUGGUUAUCAUAUGUCAUGUCUAUUACCACCACUAUUUCUUGUUCCAUUAGAAGACUGGUUUUGUCCACAGUGUGAACAUGGUAUGUUGAUAGAAAGUCUUAAAGAAAAAUUGAAAGUUGUGAGAAGAGCUGAGAGGUCUAACAAGAACAGGAGAGCUGCUGAUAGAAUAUCACAGAAAACAUUCAGCAUUGAUACAGAGAAUAUUGUAGAAAUUGAGAGGCGAUCUUGUCGUCAGAGGAAAGAUGUAAGCUAUAGUGAUGCCAGCUAUGACAAGAAAUUCAAAGAGGUUUUUAAAGAAAUCAAUAUGACAGAAAAGAAAACUAGUGCAUACAGUUCUGAAUCAGAUACAGAUUUAUCAGCAAAGGGAACGGAAGGUAAAGCAAAGAAAAAACAAAGUGACAAGAAGAAAAGACACAGUGACAGAAUGGGCAAAUCUAGACAAUUGAAGAAAUCCAAAUUGUCAGGACAAAGUAAAACAAAGAGAAGAAAAUUGACUAGUUUAGAGGAUGAAAGUGAAGAAAGUGGCAGUGAUUAUGUAGAUGCAGAUGAUAGUGGAAGUUCAGACAAUGCAGAUGAACCUGUAGAUAAAUCAGAGGAUCAGCCAGUAAAUGAAAUAGCCUUUACAUCAUCAGGACGUCAAAUUAAAAAUGUCUGCUAUAAGAUCACAUGAUCUGAUUUAUUAAACAUUUUAGUGCUAUUAAGUAUUUAAUGUUAUUGAUAUAAUAUGUAGUAUAAGUUACUAUUCAAGUUGACUGACAGUACCUCAUCUUAAUUGAAUCAAAUGCUGAGUAAACCAUUAGUAAAUAGACUACAAUACAUUGUUAUAAACUUUACUUUAUAUAGAAGUGUUUUAUUUUUCUUUUGACCUUUACCUAGAAAUUUAUUGCUGGAUCACAAUUGCAUUACUGGAUUACUCUAUUAUAUUUAAUUAUAUUGUUGUCUAAAAGCAAGGGUAAAGGAAGACGCAAUUUUGAAUAAACUUUCAUGGCAAAAUGGAAUGAUUAUAACUAAG